UCAUUUAUAAUCUGUGAUCACAAUUUUCACGUGUUUGAGUUGACAACUAAGAAAAAGUGUGCAUCUCGUUGUGUUUUUGAAAUUUAAUGUAAACAAAAUGCCUGUGCUACAAAGAAUAAAGAAACCUACAACUCGUAAAGGAAAAAAGGUUCUACUAUCGAAAGAACCUAAGCCCAUUGAAGGUCCUAAACAAAGUAUCUUCCUUCAAGGCCGCAACCCGUCAGAAAGGACAAGAAAGCUACUAAAGGAUAUCUAUGAUUUAAAAAAGCCUGACGCCGCUUAUCUCAGCCGCAAAAACGAUUUUGUCCCAUUUGAAGACAGUAGUUUGAUUGAGAAGUUAUGUUACAAAAAAGAGGCAGCUCUGUUUGGUGUUGGUUCACACAGCAAGAAGCGCCCCCACAACAUUGUUUUGGGUAGAACUUUUGAUUAUGGAAUAUUGGAUAUGAUUGAACUUGGUGCUGAAGAAUACAAGGCAAUGUCAGAAUUUCACAAUAUAAAAGUCCUGGCUGGUUCUAAACCAUGUUUAUUGUUUAAUGGACCUGCUUGGGAGCUAAACCAGGAUUUAAAACGAUUGAAGUCACUGUUCUCUGAUUUCUUUCACAGAGAAAAGGUGGAAACCAUUAGAUUGCAGGGAUUAGAACAUGUCCUCAGUUUCACGGCUACUGAUGAUGGCUUGAUCUACUUCAGAUCGUACAGAAUAUCACUUAAGAAAAGUGGCCAGAGAACACCCAGAGUGGAGUUGGAAGAAAUAGGUCCGUCAAUUGAUUUCAAAUUAAGAAGAACUAAGUUAGCGUCUGACGAUCUCUACAAGGAAGCUUGUAAAAUACCGAGAGAGAUGAAACCAAUCAAAAAGAAAAAUAUCUCCAGAGAUGCAUUUGGAACUAAACACGGCCGUAUUCAUAUGGGUAAGCAAGAUAUCAAUAGGCUGCAAACCCGAAAGAUGAAGGGCUUAAAGAAAACAACCGAAGAAAAGAAAAAAAUACUUCUUCAGAAAAAGAAAGAUAAGAAAGCAGCAAAACAAAAACAACAUGUAGAAGUAUAAUAAAGAGUACAUUUACUAUGUAA